UAUUCAUGUUAUCUGAAAUCAAAAAGUGUCUCUCAAGUUUAGAUUUUUAGCUGAGAGACUCCUUAGGGGAUCUUAUAAUGAUCGAAUCUAUUAACAUUUAGUUAUUUUAGAAAGUUAUUAGUAAACAAUUAGAGAGAAUAAGAGCUUAGGUAAAAAAAUUUUCACUAAUUCAUGGCUAAGAAGGUUUGAAAGGAAACAGAAUGCCUUAAUUCCUGUAUUCGCAUUAGAAGAGAGCCUAAAAUUAUUUGUCUUGUUUUAAUUUAAUAAAACAACAACUUAGGUUAAUGCAGGCCUAUAUUCAAUAUUAAUAGAUAUAUCCACUAUAUGGAAAUCUGUUAAGUGAAGUAUACCCUUUUAGAUGAGGAAAUCUU